AUCACAACCAUUAAAAUAACUUGACAAUCAGCUUCCAAUCAUUUUUGACGCUUCAACACUAUCACAGUCCAUUAAUCAAGUAUUCCAAAUUUCAACAACAACCUUCAGUCAAAAUGCAGACCACCAUCUUCGCCACCGUCUUCGCUGUCAUGGUCACCAUGGUCGCCGGUCAAACCUUCACCCUCCCGUCUGGUGUUUCCUUGCCUUCCGGCGCUGCUCUGCCCUCCGGCAUCGUCGUUGUUACCUCCAGCGCAACCAGUGCUGCAGUCACCGGCAACUAGAUGUGAUGGCUAUCUAUUGAUGGCAGAUAUGCCUCGCUU